AUGCCUGAGGGGCCAGCCAAUUUGGGAUUUUUCGUGUCGAACGAACAUCCUAGAAAAAACGCAGACAAUGUUUGCGUGCUCGUCGUUCACUACAACUUUGAAAAUACAAAGGAUGAAUCCUGGAUUCGGGAAGGUGAUGCUCAGGACGUAGUAAAUCUGAAACAGACCUUCGAAGAGAAACGUAACUGCAACUUCCGCAGUAUUUUGUCGCCGGAAAAAGGGAAGUUGCUCCAACUUCUCGCCAAUCAAGAAGAGCUAUUAAAAUUAUUCUGCUGUUCAGAUGUUCCAUCAGUGUUUGUGCUGUACAUUCUUUCUCACGGUGACAUAGAUGGAAAAAUCUUCACUGAUCACUCCCAGAACGAUGACCCAAAAGACUUCAUUUGCUUCACAACAACGGAGAUAUUCGAGUCUCUGAAAAAGCUGACUGGUUUCGAGGAUUGCCUCAAAUUAAUAAACUUCGGUCCAUGUAGAGGGGAACAGAUAGACUCAAUUUUUUUCGCCAAAGACGAAAAUUUCAAGAACGAAAAUUCCUGCCGAAUCACCUACAGCCCUAUGAUGAAAAACACGGUUGUGUUUUUCUCAACGGUUGAAACGACCAAGGCCAAACGAGACCAGAAAGGAACAACAUUCGCCUUGCUGACGUGUCAGGUCUUAAAUUCACUUGAGAAGGACGAGAGUCUGAUUAACGUCCUGACAACUAUUCAAAAUGAGACUCACAAAGUUGCGGUCAAAGAGAAAAGUGGACAAACUCCCGAAGUAAAGAUGUUUUCUCAGGACAGAAGUUUUGUCUUCUCAAAAAUUUCUACCAAUGAUUCAUCUUCAUCGACAAUUGAAGCAAUGAGUAUUAAAAAUAAAAGGGAACGCGAGUUUUACUCGUGGAAGUCAAGCUCAGGGGAAAACCUGCGUCACCGCCUUGCGAUCCUACUUUCCUCAAGGAUAAACGAGCAGUUGAAAGAAUUUAAAAUAGCGCUAUCCCAAAACCUAGAUUUUGAGACCUGCGAAAGGAAGCUGAGUGGAAACCCAUGGGCGCCCAUAAAUGAAGCCUCGAGGAUCGACUCCGACAUUGGCUGCAUUUUCCUCAUUAUUUUUGGCCUUGUGAGUGAAAGCAAGGACACGAAUGAGGUUUGCGUGCAGGUGGACGGUCAAGAAACUGCAGUUUCUGAAAUACUGUUCGAGUUCAUUGGGCCAAAAAACGACCAGUGGAUUGGAAAACCUAAAAUACUAUUCCUUGUGCAUCAGGAAACGGGCUCGUUUGACUCCAUCGUACCACAAAAACCCAAAAUGGAAAUAUCAGCAACAAACCACAGUGGAUGGUUAGUUCUUGUUGUACACGGAAAAGAAACACUUGAAAAGCUGAUAGAAAUCUUCAAGGGGGAAGAGCUGAAAAAGAAGGAGAAAAGUCUGCAAGAACUGCUCGCAAGUUUGUUAAUUUCCGAAUCGAUAGAAAAUAGGGAUAUGCUUAACUCGACGCUCCAGUACCUUCUUAAUUUUCCCGACUGGCCCAGGUCUUUAGUUGAACCUAACUUUACAGUAACAAAUUAUCAAGAUUUUCAAGCAAAGUUCCGUUCUUUCGACAGCUUGGCGAGGGAAUCAGCAAGAAAAAACCAAAAUAUUUGGAUCUUGAGUUCAGUCGCAGGCACAGGAAAGACGACAAUCCUCAGGGAAAUGGCUUGUCGGAUUGGGAAACUCAAUCCAGUAUUAAAAAUUUUACGCGUUGCCCUCCCGAGAGUUUUGUUCAACAGGGAUCUCAGGAACAAGACUGAGAUUGAAUUUCUCGCUAAAGUCACUCACAAUUCGCAGGAGGAUAUAAAAGACAGCAUAGAAAAUGAGAAAUGUGUUGUGAUUCUUGAUGGGUUCGAUGAAAUUCGUCCUGAAAACCAAAAAAAAGUGCUGAAAGUAAUCGAAGCUCUAGAAAAGAAGCAGGUGUCCGUGUGGGUUGGAACGAGACCACACGAAGCAAAAAGAAUUAAAAAUCUAACAUCGAAAGCUGUUUUAGUAGAGAUUGAUCCCUUGGAUGAAGAGCAGCAAAUUGAUUUGUUGAAGCUGGAGACGGGCAAGAGCAAAGACGAUUGUGAACUAAUCAGAAAGAGCAUUACAUCCAAGAAGAUAUUGGAAAACCCAUUGCAACUCUCUUUGGUUGCUAAGUACGGGGCCGAAGGCAACUUGUACCAAAUCUACGACCAUGUUGUGCGGCAAAAGAUGGAAGACUCUCUAAUCAGGAAAGGGUUAGACAAGGAAAAUGAAGUCAAGUUUCAAGCGGAAUUAGACAAUGCAUUGAAACGUCUUGAAGAGAUAGCAAGUUGCCACAUCAGAGGAGUUAAUCUAAAUGAUGUCGCGAGAAAAUACUUUAAAGAAAUGAACUGCUAUGGCAUUGCCACCUUUGAAAACAACAAGGCUAUUUUCAUUCAUCGGACAUUUGCCGAAUUUCUUGCAGCUCUGUAUUUUCUACGCGAAAUCGAGGAAAAUAGUAAGAGUGACUUCAAAGCCAGCACUGAAGAUUGUGCAAAUUUAUUUUUCGGGGAACCAUUUUCGUUGUGCAGAAUGUUCAUCGAUCUGUUCUAUUCCACAGUUUUGAAUGACGCGAAAACAAUUGCGGAGCACAGAGAAUCAAUUCUUCUGGUCAUGAUGUUAGAUCCAGACAGGUUUUUGCGAUUCAUCAUUCACAAUGGCUGCAUUAAUACUUUCAAAAUGAUUUAUCCAAUGAUUUCCUUCGGAGAAACCAUCCAGGGUAAUUUUAUAUAUGCUACAAAGGAUAGGACUCUUUUGGUCAGGGCAAUCGAUAGUUCGGAAGAAAUUGCAACAAUUCUGCUCGACACGGACUUGAUCGAAAGGGAUGAAGAGUUGGUAAUAAUUUUACCUUACCUGUUGAAGGCAGUAGCUGAAGCAAACGCAUGUCUCUUCUUUGAGCAGAUGAGAGAAAAAUAUUCAAGAUUGCCAGAGAUGAUCCACUAUAGAAGAUCUUUAAUCGAUGCUGGAGUGCUUGCAGCAAGAAAGAAUCACGGCCAAAUCCUUAUUCUACUCCUGAAAUACGGCGUCGACAGAGAUUUCAUACAUUCUAUGGAAGGAAACGCUCUACAUUGUGCUAUUGUUUAUGGAGCUAUGGAUUGCGUGCAAAUUUUACUUCAGCUCGGCGCGAAAUUGGCAGAAGAUGGAAUUAGUGACAGCUGGGACCCUUUGAUGUUGGCUGUAAGAGAAAAUAACCUAGAAAUGGUCAAAUUCUUACUGGAGGAAACUAUCAGUGGACUGCAGCGCAACAAAGAAACUUUAGAAAUCAAUGAAGUAAAAUCAGAUUUGAAUGCUUUCCAUUUUGCUGUUCAGGAAGGGCACAAUGAAAUCGCAAAAUUGUUAAUAAAAGAGAGCCCAAGUUUGGUAAACAUGGAAAAUGGCUCCAAUGGAAGUCCUUUACAAGUUUCGGCUGUAAAUGGAAAUUUAGAAAUGUGUCAAUGGCUUGUUGACGAAGUUGAGGUUGACGUGAACACCUUACGACCAAGUGGAGAACCGAGAGAUUGGUCCCCGAAUGACCAGAUAUGCAUGGACCAUUUCUUAAUUCUGCAGAAGAGUGACAUCGACAUGAAGGACGCAAGAGGGAAAACUGCUCUUCACUGCGCUGCGGAACAUGGAUAUCUUGAACGUGUCAAAGAAUUGAUCAAAUCUGGUGCAAAUAUUCGAGCUGUUUCCAAAAAUGAAUUGAAUGCUUUUCAUUAUGCUUGCAAAAUUUACAGUGACCAUAGAAUAAAUGUGAUUAGAUUCUUGCACAGCAUUGACAGUCAGCUGGCCAAGGAUAAAACCAAAACAGGACUAACAGGGCUGCUUAUUCUUGUGGCAAGUUGCGAUGACCCCUUGGAUGGGAGAGCUCGUUUUCUGGUCGAAGAAAUUGGAGUUGACGCAAGAGCAAAGGAUAACCAAGGCCGCACUGCGUUGCGUAUUGCAGUUAACAAAGGAAAGGAUUGCGUCGACUAUUUGAUGACAAAAGAUAUCAACCUGGACGUCAAAAACAAACGGGGCCAAACGUGCUUGCAUGUAGCUGCUCUAAGGGGCGAUUUAGAGGCUCUGCAAACUUGGAUAGAACUCGGUGGAGACUUGGAUGUUGAAGACGUAAGAGGAUUGACAGCUUUGCACAUUGCCGCUUGUAGAGGACAUUUGCAAUUUGUGAAGAAGCUCUUAGCCUGCGCAGCUGAGGCCGAUGCCAAGAAACAAGAUGUUGGUGAGUGUUCUUCUGGAUCCUCACUGAAAGAGAUCGAGAGAGUAAACAGAUGUGACAAUUUUGGAAGAAGACCUAUGCACCUUGCUGCUAGCUCAGAAAAUGUUGAUUUGGUGAAGUUUUUCCAGGGAAACAAAGCAGAUUUAAGUCUAACGGACUUUGAAGGAAAGAAUGCAAUCCACUACGCUGUUAACAACGAAGGAAUGUUAAAAUUCAUCAAUGAGAAGGACAAAGAUCUUCUGAAACAGUGUUCAGAAAACGGAAACACAGCUUUACAUUUGGCAUUGCAAUUCGAUAAUGCAAUCGACCAUAACAUCAUUCAGUGGAUUGUGCAACAAGUAGACGACACCGUUUUGAACGCAAUAAAUGCUUCUGGUGAAACACCAUUAUUACUGGCUUGCAGGAAAAUGUUCUGGAGUGUCGCAGAAUUGCUGCUGACCAGAAAUGUUGACGUCAAUGCCACGGACAUGUGGGGAAAAACUGCAAUGCACUACGCCGCAAAUAGUGACAACUUGUUUUUGGUGAAGAGGAUGCAUGAGAAACGUGCAGAUUUUGCUCUAACAGACAGCGAAGAAAUGAAUUCUUUGCACCAUGCAAUGCAAUUCUUCGAGAUAUUUUCAUUCCUUUACGAGAAAAACAAUGAUUUGUUGAAGCAGCGUUUGAAAAACGGAGACACAUUCCUCCAUUGGGCUAUAAAGUCUCGCUUUCGAGCUGACAAAUUCCUUUGGCUUGUCCAAAAAUGCGAAAUUGACUUGAAUGUAACAAACAGCAAUGGUGACACUCCACUUCUGUUGGCUUGCAAGAGUAGAUUGUGGAAAGUUGCUAAAAUAUUGGUUGCUAAAGGUGCUGAUGUACAAGUGCCGGAUAGAAAUGAUAGAACGGCUCUACACUACGCCGUGAAUUUGAAAAACUUCUAUGAUAUAGAGCAUUCCCAUGCUUUUGAUCUGGUACAAAAGUUGCGGAAUAAAGGCGCGGAUUUGGCUUUAACAGACAACGAGGGGAAGAACGCAUUACACCAUGCGAUACAAAACUUUCACAUGGCAUUAUUCAUUCAUGCUAUCGACAAUGAAUUGGUAAAACAGCCAUUGAAAAAUGGCGAUACUACUCUGCACUUGGCAAUCAAAUUACACAAAUUUGAAAGAAAUGAAUCCUUUAUUAUUUGGCUUGUGGAGCAUGGUGGCAUUGAUUUGAACGCGACAAAUACCUUGAACGAAACACCGUUGAUUCUGGCUUGCAAGGAGAGAGACUGGAAAAUGAACAUUGUUGAAAUACUACUGUCUAAAGAUGUGGAUGUCACUAUAAAAGACCAUGAGGGGAAAUCUGCUCAGCACUACAGUGACAACAUAUGUUCAACUCCGUUAAAAGGGUUUAUUGAAUUGAAACGUGAAGCCUCGCCACCUAAUGUGCAGCAUUUUCCUGAUUCAAACCAUUCUGUAAAUAAGCAAUAUCCCUACAACCUUCUUGAAAAAUGAUAGUAAAAUAUCUUUUUAUGAUAAAAUUUUUAAUUCGAUAUGUUUUGAUUUGUGGCAGUUUCUUGUUUGACAAACUUAAUCUUUCUGUCUAUAAUAAAUGUUAUGUUUAAUUAAAUUUGUAUAUAUAGGUACUAAGCCAUUAAGAAUGAAUCUUAGAUGAUUAUAUUAGAAAUACGAACUGCUUCCUUACUUAUAUGUUUUUGUCAGACUUAUGUUUUAGAAUUACCUCUAAAUUCCGAAAACAUCGGAGCAAUUGUUUAGUUCGCACACAUUUAAAUUGUCAUGUAUACAUGAAAUUUAUAAUAUUGAUUGUAUAAGUUAAUGAA